UGCAGUAGGAGUCACGUGACCGACGUCCUUACCCUGCCGCCAUGAUGCAUGCUGUAAGGAGAGCAUGUUGCGGGGCUUGGAAAGCCACAAAAGGUGGUUUUUCAACCCCAGCAACAGUACAGUCGACUGUAAGAACAGUACCUAGCUUCUUCACAACUCGGGAUUAUGCAGCAGAGGCCGCCAAGGCUAAAGCCAGCACACCAUCAGGAAAAGUUGUGGCUGUCAUCGGUGCUGUGGUGGAUGUCCAGUUUGAUGAUGAACUGCCACCUAUCCUCAAUGCUUUGGAGGUGGAAAACCGAUCACCAAGGCUUAUUCUUGAGGUCGCUCAACAUUUAGGGGAGAACACUGUACGAACAAUUGCUAUGGAUGGUACUGAGGGUCUGGUGCGUGGCACCAACUGUCUGGACAUCGGCUCCCCCAUUAGGAUCCCUGUUGGACCUGCCACACUGGGUCGAAUCAUGAAUGUCAUUGGAGAGCCAAUUGAUGAGAGGGGUCCUUUCAACACAAAGCAUUUUGCAUCAAUUCAUGCUGAAGCUCCCGACUUCGUCGAGAUGAGUGUAACACAGGAGAUCUUGGAAACAGGAAUCAAAGUGGUAGACUUGCUCGCUCCAUAUGCCAAGGGAGGAAAAAUUGGUCUAUUCGGAGGUGCCGGAGUAGGAAAAACUGUACUCAUUAUGGAACUGAUCAACAACGUUGCCAAAGCUCACGGUGGUUACUCCGUGUUCGCUGGAGUAGGGGAGAGAACUCGUGAAGGAAACGAUCUGUACCACGAAAUGAUCACAUCUAAAGUCAUCAGUCUGACUGAUGAUUCAUCUAAGGUAUCGCUGGUAUAUGGUCAGAUGAAUGAGCCCCCAGGUGCCCGUGCUCGUGUUGCCUUGACAGGUCUGACCGUAGCUGAGUAUUUCCGUGACCAGGAGGGACAGGAUGUAUUGCUCUUCAUUGACAACAUUUUCAGAUUCACACAGGCUGGCUCAGAGGUGUCUGCCUUGCUGGGACGUAUCCCAUCAGCUGUAGGUUACCAGCCAACACUAGCCACAGACAUGGGUACCAUGCAGGAGAGAAUUACUACUACAAGGAAGGGGUCCAUCACUUCAGUACAGGCCAUCUAUGUGCCUGCUGACGAUUUGACAGAUCCUGCCCCUGCCACUACAUUCGCCCAUUUGGAUGCCACCACUGUGUUGUCCCGAGGUAUUGCUGAGUUGGGUAUCUACCCUGCUGUAGAUCCCCUCGAUUCCAUCUCCCGUAUCUUGGAUGCUAACGUCGUAGGAGAGGAGCACUAUGUUGUUGCCCGUGGAGUACAAAAAGUGCUACAGGACUACAAAUCCCUCCAGGAUAUCAUUGCUAUCCUGGGUAUGGACGAGUUGUCAGAAGAUGAUAAGAUGACUGUGAUCAGGGCUCGUAAGAUGCAGAAGUUCCUGUCACAGCCCUUCCAGGUGGCUGAGGUGUUCACAGGCCAGGAAGGCAAAUAUGUACCACUCAAAGAGACCAUCAAGGGAUUCAAGGACAUUUUAGCUGGACAAUAUGAUCAUUUGCCUGAGGUGGCAUUCUAUCUGGUAGGAUCCAUUGAAGAGGUCGUGGCUAAGGCAGACAGGCUGGCUGAGGAGUCCUAAUUAGACAAUACCAUAGACCAUUUUAUAUACUGUGUCAGAAGCUGAAUGUGUGUGUGAUGAAAAUACUUUGCAGAACCAGCAAGGAAAAUUUAUUAGCUGUUCCUUGUCAAAUUGGAAGUCGGAAUCGUCGGAAGAGCUAUGGUGAUAAUAUUCUAAAGGAUGUGUUUUUUGUUUUAUAAA